AUGAAGUUCUCCCUCCGCUUCUGGUUCCUCUCCACCGCCUUCCUGCUGGCCUUCGCCAUGUCCCUGCUCUUCACCUACUCCCACCACAGCGUGGCCUAUUUGGACCCGGGCGGCAUGAGCGGCAGUGGCGGCAUACACAGGGUGAAGCUGGUGCCCAGUUAUGCCGGGAUGCAUCGGCUCAGCAAGGAGGGCCUCUUCGUCAAGAGCUGCUCCUGCCACCGCUGCCAGGUCGGUGCCGAGGACGCCGAGUGGUUCCGCAGCCGCUACGACGCCCGCAUCUCCCCCGUCUGGACCCGGGAGAACAUGGAGCUGCCCCUGGACGUCCAGCGCUGGUGGAUGAUGCUGCAGCCGCAGUUCAAGUCCCACAACCUGAAUGAGGUCCUGAGCAAACUCUUCUUGAUCAUCCCCGGAGAAAACCCCUACCGCUCCCGGCCGUCUCCGCAGUGCCUGCGCUGCGCCGUGGUCGGGAACUCGGGGAACCUACGUGGUUCCGGAUACGGACGGGAGAUCAACGGGCACGACUUCGUCAUGCGGAUGAACCAGGCCCCGACGGUGGGCUUCGAGGCGGACGUGGGGAGCCGGACCACCCACCACUUCAUGUACCCCGAAAGUGCCAAAAACCUUCCGGCCAACGUCAGCUUCGUCCUGGUCCCCUUCAAAGCCCUGGACCUGCUCUGGAUCGCCAGCGCCCUCUCCACCGGCCAGAUACGCUUCACUUACGCCCCGGUGAAGCCCUUCCUUCGGGUGGACAAGGAGCGGGUCCAGAUCUACAAUCCUGCUUUCUUCAAAUACAUCCACGACCGCUGGACGGAGCACCACGGGCGCUACCCCUCGACGGGGAUGCUGGUGCUCUUCUUCGCGCUGCACGUCUGCGACGAGGUGAAUGUCUUUGGCUUUGGGGCCGACAGCCGGGGCAACUGGCACCAUUACUGGGAGAACAACCGCUACGCGGGGGAGUUCCGCAAGACCGGGGUGCACGACGCCGACUUUGAAGCCCACGUCGUCGGCGUCCUGGAGAAGACCGGCAAGAUCGACGUCUACCGCGGCAACUGAGCCACUUCCGCGCCUUCGACCCAGAGCAACAGGUGACUUCUGACGGAUCUCCUUCGCAUGGCGGGAAAGUUGACAUGUGGCAGAGCACUUGCCGAUUGAAGAGGCGCCUGACCAGACGGAUCUUCUCCGAGGAGGGUGCCAGGAAAGCAAGGAGAUCGUCCGGGGAACGAGAAGCUCCCUCCGGCUUCCCGAACAAAUCCCCAAAGAAUGUGAAGCUGAAACCUCAACAGACCUCUUUUAUUUUUUAUUCAAAGGCAAAGUCAGCAACAACAAUCAGCUUUUCUUGGAUAAGGAAAGUUCCCUUUUUGUAUUUUCAUGUUUGGAAAAACAAGACAGCGGCACAGGAUUGCCUUGAGUUUUACAAUCAUGGAAGGAGAUGAUCAUGGAAACUCAUGGACCUUGACGUCCAGGUGGACGCUAGCCUUUCAGUGAGGAACGGACACUCCACCUCCUUGCUAUGAGACCGAGUGUCCCUAUGGGGAGCGGGGCGGGCAUGGCAAUGGCACUGGGGUGGUGCAUCCAGUGGCUUCCCUCUCUUUCUUUCCUUCCUUCCUUCCUUCCUUCCUUCCUUCCUUCCUUCCUUCCUUCCUUCCUUCCUUCCUUCCUUCCUUCCUUCUCUCGUUCCUGGGACUGGGGGCAUCCGGAUGAUGACCCACCUUUUUCCCUCCUUGCACAUUAUUCCCAUUGUUGAAGGUGGAAGGAGCCCCACAUCUGCUCCGAAACAAGGCCAGGGGUCUCAUGAACGGUGGAAAUUGUUUCUCCCCCAGAAAGGAAAAGAGCUGCUGGACUCCAGAGAAGAUUUAUUGCUUGCUUGUUUUGUUUGGCUUUGUCCCUUGAAAGUAGAGUGACGGGAAGCGGUUUGGCAGGGCGGAAUCGGCCACUUUCCUGCGAUUUUCCUCCUGGAUUUUAUGUUCGAUGUCUCCGUUCCCUUUCUGAUGAUGUGGGAUGCCGAAAGAAGCCGGUUCGAACGGAGCCAUCGCCGGGACAGAUGGAUACCACGUUCCUUUGGGAUCUUUUCUUCUUUGUUUUGUAUUCAUAGCACUCGCCGGAGGGAGAAGGAGAAGCCCCAGUGGACUCCUUUUUGUUUCUUGAAAGAUUGGAUUGGGCAAAGGGCUCUUUUUUUUCUCCUCCAAAAGUGCAAUCAUGCCAAACAGUAUUGGAUAAAAGUCCCUUCCUUUUUAAUUAUGGAAUAAUUAACCUAAAUUGAGUGGGUUGGGGACGGGGUGGUGGGGGUCCUGGGGAUGACUUGAAGGACCUCCUUGCAGCAGGGACUUGGUGUGCUGUCUCUUUCCUUCCUUCCUUCCUUCCUUCCUUCCUUCCUUCCUUCCUUCCUUCCUUCCUUCCUUCCUUCUUUCCUUCCUUCCUUCCUUCCUUCUUUCCUUCCUUCCUUCCUUCCUUCCUUCCUUCCUUCCUUCCUUCCUUCCUUCCUUCCUUCCUUCCUUCCUUCCUUCCUUCCUUCUUUCCUUCCUUCCUUCCUUCUUUCCCUCCUUCCUUCCUUCCUCUCACAUGUCUCUCCCAUUAUUGUCUCUGAAACGUAAGAGAAGAAAGUCGAGCAAAUCAACUACAGUAGAGUCUCGCUUAUCCGAUAUAAACUGGCAGGCAGAAUGUUGGAUAAGCAAAACCGUUGGAUAACAGAGUGUGUGCUUGCUCACCCUCAUUCACUCACUCACUCACUCACUCACUCACCAGGCCGGGUCCCAGCAGCAAUGACAGCAGCACCAGGACCUGGCCUGGUGAGUGAGUGAGUGAGCGAGUAAGCAACGGAGGGCCUUUGCCACCCUCCUUUGCUCGCCCUCCCUCCUUUGCUCACUCACUCACUCACCAGGCCGGGUCCCAGCAGCGACAACAGCAGCACUAGGACCCGGCCUGGUGAGUGAGUGAGUGAGCGAGGGAGGGAAGGAGGGAGGGACAGCCUUUGCCACCCUCCUUCGCUCACCUGUCCUCCCUCCUUUGCUCACUCACUCACUCACCAGGCCGGCUCCCGGCAGCGACGAUAGCAGCCCCAGGACCCAGCCUGGUGAGUGAGUGAGUGAGUAAGGGAAAGCCUUUGCCUCCCUCCUCCACUCACCCGCCCUCCCUCGCUCGCUCACUCACUCACCAGGCCGGGUCCCAGUAGCGCUGACGACAAGCACUAAGACACAGCCGGGUGAGUGAACAAGUGAGUGAGUGAGUAAGGGAGGGAGGGCUUUUGUCGCCCUCCUUCACUCGCACUCCCAGUUUCCCUCACUCACUCACUCACCACGCCGUAUCUGGCAGCACCAGGACCUGGCCUAGUGAGUGAGCGAGCAAGCAAGAGAGGGCAACUCUAAGCGUCGGAUAAUACGGUGUGUCGGAUUAGCAGAAGUUGGAUAAGCGGGACUCUACAUCUGUCUCAUGCAUGAGGUUGAGUGGGACCCUUUUUUCCAAACCUUCUCUCCAAAUGGAUGGAUGGAAGGAAGGAAGGAAGGAGAAAGGUCUGUCUCUUAACCUUGCAUGCUCAGCCAGAUUUCCGAACUGAGCCGGGAUCUUCAGAAUGGCUUUGAAUGUGCAAAGGGCUGCCUUGGACUCUGCUCUCCACCUCGCUGCAACGAAUGUGGAUCUUGGCCUGGUGCUUCUCCCUCUCUUCCCCACUGCAACCUCCCCGUCUCUAUCUCUUCCUUGGUUUCCCUUCCGUUUUCCCAUUGCCAUCAAGAGGGGAAAUCCCGCAUGCAUGUGCUGUGAAGCAGCCAAGCCAGAGACAGAGAGGAGUCAAGAGUUAGAAAAAUGUGGGGUUUUCGGGAGGAUGAGAGAGGGGGUACUGCACGCUACGGAAAAAGGAAUGCAACCGGGCACAGGAACUGAUACGAGGGAACAAAAGACCGAACUCUGCACAUGCUCAAAAAGAGCUGAGUUGCAUCUCUGUCGGUCACCUGAUGGCUUUGCCUUGCCAAUGUAACCCGUUGUAUGACGAUGCCGCCCCAUAGCCCUUGGCCCUGUCGCCCAUGGAGCUUCCUUCCUGGGAAAGCACCAUCCGCAGCAGGGUGGGCUUCUCUUGCCGUGGCUGCGCUUGGGCCGGAGAGAUGCUGCGCUGGCAAGAAAACCCUGAGGCCGCACCACACUCAGACCUUCUCUAACACCCAGCUAUGGAAGGGCAAGCCCUGGCCAACAAGCCUCAUCCAAGAGGCACUUGCCAAGCCUUCCUGAUGCUUCCUAGGCUCCCGGGGCAAGAAGGUCAGGGUCUUUGGUUUUCCUCCUCCUCUUCCCCUCAUCCUUCUUCCUCUUCUUCUCCUUCUUCUCCUCUCCUUCCUAUUCCUCCUCCAACCUUCCUUCCUCUUCUUCCCUCCUUUUGCUCCAUAGGACUUUUCCCUCCUUGCAGCCAAGCAUCCCGCGUCCCUUAUGGUCAGCAUUAUCUCCCCUUUUGCGGCUCCCUCCCUCCUCCCUUUUGUACUUUUUAACUUCACUGGCAACUGGAUUUAUUUUGUGUUUGAUUGUACAAAAUAAAAGCAAAGAACGGUC